AUGUGGGGUUUACGGCCGGAGACUGCUCUAUCUCCUCAAAUCGACUUAAGCUCGGCUCGACUAGUAUCAAUGCCUAUGGAGAGACGUAUUGUCCUACUUGUAGCUCGACAGUCAGGUUGCUAUGCCAUGCGAUGUAUUGCUGGCAUCGACUCUAGUACCAAGAAUCCUAUCACUGUGGUUGAGCUUACCAUUCCAAGAAGUAAAACAAACGACGCCGUAGCUGUUAACUGCACCCGAAAAGGGGAAAAGCUCGCAGUAUCUGGUUUUUCCGGUGACAUCACGUGUCCAGACCCUCAGGUAGUGUGCGAAUACGACGACCCAAGCCGUAUACUACUAGCAAUCAGUGGCGCCAGUCCUGAUACUUCAAGCGGUUCGCAUAACACUACUGCUAGCAGCGCGCCAGCCACUUCGAAUGCUUCAAGGGACGCAGGUAGCAAGAACUCAUUAGAGAAUUCUCAAAGCUACAGCAAAGACAGCGCACCAAGUGGCGCUGGGAACGAUGCUUCGAACGUUGACAGUAGCAACAGCAGAACCGAUUCUGGAUCCACCUCGAAAUCCGGUAGCACCAGCAUUACAACAGGCAGGAUUGCCAGCGGCGCAGUCAUGCACCAAUGGGCUUCAUGUAUUGUGCUGGGCGGAACGUGGUUUGCGCUUGUGAUCAUUCUUUAA